ACUUCAGAAUAGCUUUGGUAUCCUCGAUCCUCAGCUCAAACCCUUGCAAAUUAGGGUUUCUGAUCUAAAUCGCAACCAUGUCGAAGCGCAAAUUCGGAUUCGAAGGAUUCGGGAUAAACCGCCAGGCGACAUACAACUUCGAGCGCUCACAAGCUCCGCAGCGUCUCUAUGUCCCUCCUUCGUCUCGCCGCAGCCACGACAAUUACGAGGACACCGAUCUCGACAACAUUGAUUACGCUGAUAAUGAUCAUUCUAAAGGAGAGGAAAACCCAAGCGGUAACGGAAAUGGUGCGGAAGACGAUGAGAUUGACCCUCUGGAUGCGUUCAUGGAGGGUAUUCAGGAGGAUUUGAAGGCGGCGCCGGAGCCUAAGCUGAAGGAGAAGGCGGAGAGGUUCAAGGACGAUGAUGAUGAUGAUGAUCCAAUUGAGAGCUUUCUGAGGGCGAAGAAGGAUUUGGGACUUACACUGGCUGCUGAUGCGCUGCAUGCUGGGUAUGACUCUGACGAGGAAGUUUAUGCAGCUGCUAAGGCUGUGGAUGCAGGCAUGCUGGAGUACGAUUCUGAUGAUAAUCCGGUGGUUUUGGACAAGAGGAAAAUUGAGCCCAUUCCAGCUCUUGAUCAUAGCUCCAUUGACUACGAGCCCUUCAAUAAGGACUUUUAUGAGGAGAAGGCUUCGAUUUCAGGAAUGAGUGAGCAGGAAGUUGCUGAAUACCGAAAGAGUUUGGCUAUUCGUGUUUCAGGUUUUGAUGUCCCAAGGCCAAUUAAGACAUUCGAGGACUGUGGGUUUUCUCGAGAAUUAAUGCAUGCCAUUGUAAAACAAGCAUAUGAAAAGCCAACAGCGAUUCAAUGCCAAGCUUUACCGAUUGUUCUCUCUGGGACGGAUAUUAUUGGUAUAGCAAAAACUGGUUCAGGUAAAACUGCUUCGUUUGUGCUUCCAAUGAUUGUUCAUAUCAUGGAUCAGCCUGAACUUCAGAAAGAAGAAGGUCCAAUUGGAGUGAUAUGUGCACCUACUAGAGAACUAGCGCAUCAAAUAUACUUGGAAACAAAGAAAUUUGCUAAAUCACAUGGGAUACGUGCCUCUGCUGUUUAUGGUGGAAUGUCCAAGCUUGAUCAGUUCAAGGAACUGAAGGCUGGAUGUGAUAUAGUUGUUGCUACACCAGGUCGAUUGAUAGACAUGCUAAAGAUGAAGGCAUUGACAAUGAAGAGAGCAACUUAUUUGGUACUUGAUGAAGCUGAUCGUAUGUUUGACCUUGGAUUUGAGCCUCAAAUAAGAUCCAUAGUUGGUCAGAUUAGGCCAGAUCGCCAGACUUUACUCUUUUCAGCAACAAUGCCCCGCAAAGUUGAGAAAUUAGCUAGGGAAAUUCUCACUGAUCCAGUAAGAGUUACUGUGGGAGAGGUGGGAAUGGCUAAUGAAGAUAUUACUCAGGUUGUUCACGUAAUUCCUUCUGAUGCUGAGAAGUUGCCCUGGCUUCUUGAAAAGCUGCCUGGGAUGAUUGAUGAUGGGGAUGUUUUAGUGUUUGCUUCUAAGAAAGCUUCUGUAGAUGAGAUUGAAUCACAACUGGUUCAGAAGGGAUUUAAAGUUGCUGCUCUUCAUGGUGACAAAGACCAGGCUUCUCGUAUGGAAAUUCUGCAAAAGUUCAAAUCAGGCUUCUAUCAUGUUCUUGUGGCUACUGAUGUUGCUGCUCGUGGUCUUGACAUCAAAUCAAUCAAGUCUGUGGUGAACUUUGACAUUGCAAAGGACAUGGACAUGCAUGUGCAUCGUAUUGGCCGAACAGGUCGUGCUGGUGACAAAGAUGGGAUUGCAUAUACGCUUAUAACUCAAAAGGAGGCACGCUUUGCUGGUGAAUUGGUUAAUAGCUUGAUUGCUGCUGGUCAGAAUGUGUCAAUGGAAUUGAUGGAUCUUGCUAUGAAGGAUGGGAGAUUCAGGUCCAAGCGUGACUCAAGAAAAGGAGGUGGAAAGAAGGGAAGAGGAAGGGGUGGUGGUCGAGGUGUGCGCGGAGUUGACUUUGGUUUGGGCAUUGGAUAUAAUUCAGAAUCCAACAAUUCUUCGUCUCAUUCUGUUCAAAGUAGAUCUGCUGCUGUAAAUUCUCUGAGGACUGGCAUGAUGGCACAAUUCAAGAGUAACUUUGUCGCUGCUUCAUCAAACUCUCAAGGCCAGGGUUUUAAUAACAGUUCAAGUGCUUAUCCCAACAACAAACCAACAUUAGCUGGAUUUGUAUCUGGUGGUACAAUUGGUGGAGAUAUAAAUAGAAUGCAGACAGCCAGUUCAUUCAGUCCUGCUCCUGCAUCAGGAGCUAACAUGACUUUACAGAAUUCUGGAGAAAACACUGGUCAGAAGAACUCAGAGAGUUCCAGAGAUAGACCUAGAGAAAGGCGAAGGCCCUCUGGUUGGGACCGUUGACAUGCAGGAUACUGCACUUUUAAAAAUGGAACUUUUAUCAUCUUAGUCAGAUCUUGAUAUGUUUGUCUGUAUAAUAAUUCCUGCAUAGAAAGUAAAAUAGUACUAACUCCUACAGUACAUAACAGGUCCCUGCAAUGUCUCCUUGGAGAGUAAAUUCUAUGCCCGAUGGUGGAGCCUGAUAGAAAUUGUACUUCUUCUGUUGUAUAAUAAUAUUCAUUUUUUCAUUUAAACUCAUGAUCUAGCCUAAUUAACAAAAUCUUCUUUCCUACUUAUCCUCUACUUUAAUUAUCUUAUCUUUUUUUAUAUUUUUAAGAGUAAUCUGAUACAAACAUAAAUUGGUUGUAAAUCA